CAGUACGCGAUGAGUACUCAUAAGCAACUUUUAGUACAAGUACUUUUCCUCCUACUAUUUGCGGAAUUCGGAAGGAGUUUGGUGACCGAUAUGCAGUGGGCCCAGUACAAGGCAAAGUACAGAAAGCACUACAAAUUAGACGACAAUUAUCACCGGGCGCUAUACAACAGAAGGGUUCAAACUGUGGCCAAUCACAACAGGCUCUACUCCCAAGGCAAAGUAGGGUUCCGGAUGGGUCUGAACGAGUUCUCCGACACCGACCAGGGUUUACUCUUCAGAUAUCGAACGGCGGUACCCCCGUCUCAAGAGCCGGGUGUUGGAUUCGUAGCGAAACCACCAGGAUAUAAACAAUACAACCAGAUUACCAGUGGAAUAGACUGGCGGCAGUACGGCUACAUAUCGGCAAUUGAGAACCAGGGCACCGACUGCCUGAGCUGCUGGGCCUUCUCCGCCUCGGGAGUCCUGGAGGCCCACCUGGCGAGGAAGAACUCCCGACUGGUGCCCCUGUCGCCCAAGCACUUGGUGGACUGCGUUCCCUAUCCCAGCAACGGCUGCUUCGGUGGCUGGGUGAGCGUGGCCUUCAACUACACAAGGGAUCAUGGGAUUGCCACCAAGGCAUCCUAUCCCUAUGAACCGAAACAAAGGGACUGUCGCUGGAAGCCCCAAUGCAGUGCAGGCACCUUGCGUGGCUACGUCACCUUGAAGAACUACGAUGAACGGGAACUGGCCGAGGUGGUCUACAACAUCGGACCCGUGGCAGUGUCCAUUGACCACCUGCACGAGGAGUUCAAUCAGUACUACGGUGGCAUCUUGAGGAUUCCGUCCUGCAAGUCGGACAAGGCAUACCUGACUCACUCCGUUCUUGUGGUGGGCUUUGGAACCGAUCCUACCUGGGGCGACUACUGGCUAAUCAAGAACUCCUACGGAACGGAAUGGGGCGAGAGUGGCUACUUUAGACUGGCCAGAAACGCCAAUAACAUGUGUGGCGUGGCCUCCCUUCCACAAUAUCCACUUGUAUAAGUUCAUCGGAAUGGU